AGAUAAUAACCUACCAGCUGGGUAUAAAUACUGCUUCACUCCGCCACCAGCCAGGCAACACAACCUGUCACCAUGAUAAACUUCUUGUUCUUGUUGUUGCUCCUGGGAGCUUCUGCCAGUUGCUUCAAGCUGCCGCAGAAGUUUAUAAUGAAAGGCGAAGUCAGCUGUGAGUCACCUUACCAGGAAGUGGGAGGACGGUGCAUGUUUGUUGACUUUUUGAACAAGGGAACGUGGAACGAUAUGCGUAACCACUGUAAGAGUCUUGGCGGCGACUUAGUUAAGCUGAAUGACCCAGCGGUAUACAACGCUCUCAUUCUUCAUAUUCACGGCAGUGGUUUCCCUCUAGUUUAUUACUGGAUCGGCGGCACAGACGAGGGACACGAAGGACUGUGGGUGUGGAUAGACCAAGAACCUAUACAGAUGGGAACACCUUACUGGGCAAAUGCUGGCUGUGAUAACGACCAGAUGCCAAAUGGUGGAACAGGACAAAAUUGUUUAGCGCUUGAUUAUGUUUUUAAUAUGUAUUUUAAUGAUUUGGGCUGUUCGACGGAAGGAUAUGUUAUCUGUGAACAAUAAGACCAUUACAAGUCAACCCCAAUUUACUUGUGUAGUCGAAUGUUAUUAUAUGAAUAUUUGGGAAGAAAUUGCUUGUGAAUUUGAAAAUAGUAUACAGUACCGAAAUGUUGAUAAGUCAGACACUUGUGCAACAGUUAGGUAUCUUUAUUCCGAAACGUUGCGCCUACACAGUAGGCUUCUUCAGUCGAGUAGAGAUGAGUCUGCAGAAGUGAAGACGAUGUAAUCGUCGAUUACCCUUGAAGUCGUAGUUAUGAGGUGGUCAAUCCCUCAGCCUGGAAGAAGGGUUUUGUUCCAUAGUCUGGAACAUUGUUCGGCUAAAGAAGUCUACUGUGUAGGCAAAACAUUUUGGAAAAAAGAUAUCUAACUGUUGCACAUGUGUCUUACUUAUCAAACUGCUUGUGUACAUUUGACAUUUGUCAAAACAGACAAGUGAUAAAAUAAAGACUAAAGAAACUUA